AUGAGAACCAUACAGGAAGGCGAUGAGAGUGAAGCGAAGGAGGAAGCCACCAAUGAACUGACCAGAAAAGAAAGCUCUAACCGAAACAUGAGAAAUUCGGUGGGUUAUGAGGACUUUGAAGAGUUUGUCCUGAACUUUGAGGAUUAUGACCUUUGGGAAUCUAUCAAGAACCAUCUCACCCACCCUGACGGAGACAGCAUUGUCCUGAAUCUGGAGGAACCUCCGGCGCUGCGCAGACAGAUGGUGAAAAAGUGUUGGGGAAGCAGGAAAGAAGGCACUGUAGUCCCCUCACCGAUGAACUGGAAUAAGAAAAAAACUGAACGGAAAGGACCCCAUGAGGUGUUUGUUGAGCUGAAUGAGCUGGUCACUGAUGGGGUGCAGGAAAUGCAAUGGAAGGAGAUGGCUCGCUGGAUAAAAUUUGAGGAGGAUGUUGAACAAGAGACAUCUCGAUGGGGAAAACCUCAUGUUGCUUCUCUGUCCUUCCGUAGCUUGCUGGAACUCAGGAAGACAAUUGCACAUGGAGCCAUUCUUCUAGACUUGGAUCAGACUACUAUGCUGGGAAUAGCUCAGAUGAUUGUGGACACAAUGGUCGUUUCAGAUCAGAUCAGAGCCAUAGAUCGCUCCAAUGUCCUGCGCUCUCUCCUGCUGAAGCACAGCCACCCCAAUGAUGGAAGAGACUCCCAUCAUGCUAGGAUUAGCACCACAUCUGGACUAGGAAACAAUGCACCAACCAAUAGUCCUCAGGAAGAGAACAACGCCAACAAUGCCCACACUGACCCAGACAACAAGCAGAAAACACUAAACGGUCCAGAAGGUCAUCGUCUAAAGCAUUGGAAGCUGAUGGAGAAGAUCCCGGAGAAUGCAGAGGCUACUGUCGUGCUUGUGGGUUGCGUGGAGUUCCUGGCUAGCCCCGCCACGGCCUUCGUGCGCCUCAAUGAGGCUGUCCUGCUGGAGUCAGUCCUGGAGGUUCCCAUUCCUGUCCGAUUCCUCUUUGUCUUGCUCGGUCCCACCCAAUCUAACAUGGAUUACCAUGAGAUCGGACGCUCCAUCUCCACCCUCAUGUCAGACAAGGUCUUCCAUGAAGCUGCAUACAUGGCAGCAGAACGUCAAGACCUCCUGAAUUCCAUUAAUGAGUUUCUGGAUUGUAGUAUGGUGCUCCCUCCAUGCGAGGUUCAGGGGAAGGAUCUGCUGCGCACUAUUGCCACCUUCCAGAAAGACUUACUGAGGAAGAGAAGGGAACGCGAUCAGCGACGCUCCGCACGGGAGAACACCACUCCCAAAGUAAAAGGUCAGCCCUUCUGUGCAAAUGUGAUGAAGCCAGAAGAGGAUGACGAUGAUCAGGAAAGUGAAUUAGACCCUCUGGAACGCUCAGGGUUUUUGUUUGGGGGCCUGGUGCAUGAUAUCCGGCGGCGGUAUGUGAAGUACUGGAGCGACAUCAAGGACGGUCUCAACAGCCAGUGUCUGGCGGCGGCGCUCUUUAUCUACUUUGCUGCUCUGUCUCCGGCCAUUACCUUUGGAGGUCUUCUAGGGGAGAAGACACAAGGACUGAUGGGGGUGUCGGAGUUGAUAGUCUCUACCUCGGUGCUGGGUGUCCUCUUCUCUCUCCUCGCUGCUCAGCCUCUGCUCAUCAUCGGAUUUUCCGGCCCACUUCUUGUCUUCGAAGAGGCGUUUUUUAAGUUCUGCCAGGUGCAGGACAUUGAGUACCUGACCGGCAGGGUUUGGAUAGGCUUCUGGCUGGUCUUGUUUGUCCUAGUUAUGGUGGCCGCCGAGGGGAGCUUCUUGGUGCGUUACAUCUCACCGUUCACCCAGGAGAUCUUUGCCUUCCUCAUUUCCCUCAUCUUCAUCAACGAGACCUUCUACAAGCUGUAUAGAGUGUUUGCAGACCACCCAUUGCUCAGGUCGUACCCUUCCGGUGGUUCUGGAGGUCGAGCAUCAGCCGCCCUGGGCCCCCGGAUGCAGCCCAACACUGCUUUACUCUCCCUUAUCCUGAUGUCAGGAACUUUCCUCAUUGCCUUUUUCUUGCGCAAAUUCAAGAACAGCCGGUUCCUGGGAGGAAAGGCCCGACGAGUGAUUGGAGAUUUUGGGAUUCCGAUAUCUAUUCUAGUUAUGGUCCUAAUUGAUUACGCAAUAACUGACACCUACACGCAGAAGUUGAAUGUUCCUUCAGGCCUGUCCGUCACCUCUCCUGGGAAACGUGGGUGGUUUAUUCACCCCAUGGGGACAUCCAGUCCGUUUCCUCUCUGGAUGAUGUUUGCUUCGGCUAUCCCAGCUCUUCUGGUGUUCAUUCUCAUGUUCAUGGAGACUCAAAUCACUACCCUGAUUGUCAGUCGGAAGGAAAGGUGCCUACAGAAAGGCAGCGGUUUUCACUUGGAUUUGCUCCUCAUCGGCUCCUUUGGCGGAAUCUGCGCCCUUUUCGGACUGCCUUGGCUGACGGCGACCACGGUGCGCUCCGUCACUCAUGUCAAUGCCUUGACCCUGAUGAGUAAAACGGCGCCAGGAGAGAGGCCGCGGAUCUCUGAGGUUAAAGAGCAGAGGGUGACAGGAGUGCUGAUCUCCAUUCUCGUUGGGCUUUCCAUAGUGAUGGGGGAAAUGUUGCGUCAGAUCCCGCUGGCCGUUCUCUUUGGGAUCUUCCUGUAUAUGGGGGUGACAUCACUCACCGGGAUCCAACUGUUCGAGAGGCUCCUGCUUAUCCUCAUGCACCCCAAGCAUCACCCGGAACACCCCUAUGUGGUGAAGGUCUGCACAUGGAGGAUGCAUCUGUUCACCUGCGUCCAGCUCUCUUGCAUUGUGCUGCUCUGGGUGGUGAAAUCGUCUCCGGCUUCGUUGGCCUUCCCGUUCCUCCUCAUCCUCACCGUUCCUCUCAGGCGGUUCAUCCUGCCCAGGUUUUUCCACGAGAGGGAGCUUAAAGCUCUGGAUUCGGAAGACGUUGAACCGAACUUUGAUGAAGACGGCCAGGAUGAAUACAAUGAGCUUCACAUGCCCGUGUGA